AUGUCUGGGGCAGGGGUCGGGCCCUGCGGGGGGCCGGGCCCCGGGGCCUGCGGAGGGGCGGCGGGGCCGGCGGCGUCGCCCGGCGGCGGCGGCCUGUCGAUGUUCCGGUGGCUGGAGGUGCUGGAGAAGGAGUUCGACAAGGCCUUCGUGGACGUCGACCUGCUGCUGGGCGAGAUCGACCCCGACCAGGCGGACAUCACCUACGAGGGGAGGCAGAAGAUGACCAGCCUGAGCUCCUGCUUCGCCCAGCUGUGCCACAAGGCCCAGACCGUCUCCCAGAUCAACCACAAGCUCGAGGCCCAGCUGGUAGAUCUGAAAUCAGAGCUGACAGAAACGCGUGCUGAAAAAGCAGUUUUAGAAAAAGAGGUGCAUGACCAACUGCUACAACUCCAUGCCAUUCAGCUUCAGCUCCAUGCCAAAACUGGUCAGAGUGUUGACUCAGGAGCAAUAAAGGCAAAACUGUCUGUCCCUUCUGUGGAGGAUAUGGAAAGAGAACUUGAAGCCAACAAGAAAGAAAAAGUGAAAGAAGCUCAACUGGAAGCUGAGGUGAAGCUGCUUAGGAAGGAAAAUGAGGCUCUUCGUCGACACAUAGCUGUGCUCCAGGCUGAAGUAUAUGGGGCGAGACUAGCAGCCAAAUACUUAGAUAAAGAGCUAGCUGGAAGGGUUCAGCAAAUUCAGUUGCUAGGUAGAGAUAUGAAGGGGCCUGCUCACGAUAAACUCUGGAACCAGCUGGAAGCAGAAAUCCAUCUACAUCGGCACAAAACCGUGAUCAGAGCAUGCCGGGGUCGUAAUGACCUAAAGCGACCAAUGCAAGCACCCCCGGGACAUGAACCAGAUUCCUUAAAGAAGAGUCAAGGAGUUGGUCCAAUCAGAAAAGUUCUGUUGGUGAAAGAAGAUCAUGAAGGACUGGGCAUUUCAAUCACCGGUGGAAAGGAGCAUGGUGUUCCCAUCCUAAUCUCUGAAAUCCACCUGGGCCAGCCUGCUGAUCGAUGCGGAGGGCUGCAUGUUGGAGAUGCCAUUCUGGCGGUAAAUGGAAUUAAUCUGAGAGAUGCCAAACAUAAAGAAGCUGUAACUAUUCUUUCCCAGCAGAGAGGAGAAAUUGAGUUUGAAGUUGUGUAUGUUGCUCCAGAAGUAGACUCAGAUGACGAAAACGUAGAAUACGAGGAUGAGAGUGGACAUCGUUACCGUUUGUAUCUUGAUGAAUUGGAGGAAGGUGGAAAUUCAGUUUCCAGUAGAAAAGAUGGCAGUGGAGAUGUCAGAUCCUUGCAAGUGUUUGAUAAAAAAACAAGUACUGGUGGCCAUGAAAAUGGAGACCUAGGAAAUUCAGUUGAAACUGAAAAGACUGUAUCUAAACUAGCCCAGUCUGCUGAGAGCUUAGCCUAAGGAAACAAACACACAAAUGACACAAUC